AUUUGUUCCUGUCAUCUGUUUCUAAAGGGAAGGCUUGGCUGUUGCUGACACAUUAGUAGUACAGCAACCAGAUGUCAUCAGAAGACAGUGAAUCUCAGAAGGAUGAACUGCUUGCUCUUGCUAGUAUCUUUCCUGAAGAUGAAUUCAAAAGAGAAGAGACCGCACAGGGAGGAGAGAUGAGAGUGUGUCUGGAAUUACCUUCAAAUUUUAAAAUCUUUUUGAAUGAUGAAGCAGCAGACAUUUUAACUAAGAGCUUUGAGGACACGGUUUGUUACUUGCCACCAAUUGUCCUGAACUUUGAACUUCCCCCAGAUUACCCAUCUACCUCACCUCCAAUCUUCACACUCAGUUGCAAGUGGCUCUCACCAAAGCAGCUUUCACAGCUUUGUCAGCGAUUGGAUGAACUUUGGGAAGAGAAUGUCGGAUCUGUAGUCCUAUUUGCUUGGAUGCAGUUUCUGAAGGAGGAGACCCUUGACUUUUUGAAGGUCGAAUCACCUUAUAAACUACAAGUGUAUGGCUAUAGGACACCAAUCCGUAAACUUUCCUCACAUAAAACAGAUGCAUGCAGUGCCUCAGCCAAUCCAAAAGAAGAAACUGACAUACGGGCUAUCCAGGAUGUGGAAUCCUCAUCUGCCCUUAUUAAAUUCAUAUUAGACUACAAUGAGGCUCAACAAAAGAAGUGCUUUAAUAGUAAAUCAUACAUGUGCAAUAUCUGCUUUUCAGAGAAGCUGGGCAGCGAGUGUACACAUUUUAAGGAUUGUCACCAUGUCUACUGUAACUGUUGUCUCAAGGAUUAUUUUGCAAUUCAGAUUAAGGAUGGACAGGUCCAUGCGCUUAACUGUCCUGAGCCAGAAUGCUCUUCUGUUGCUACACCUGCUCAGGUAAAGGAUUUGGUGGGAGAGGAGUUAUUUAGUCGCUAUGAUCGGCUCUUGCUGCAGUCUACUUUGGAUUUAAUGGCAGAUAUGGUAUACUGCCCCCGCCCAAGUUGUGAGACCCCAGUUAUGCAGGAGCCAGGGUGCACCAUGGGCAUUUGCACAAGCUGCCAGUAUGCUUUCUGCACCCUCUGUAAAAUGACCUACCAUGGAGUUUCACCUUGCAAAAUGACAUCAGAGAAGCUAAUCACGCUGCGUGAUGAGUAUCUUGAUACAGAUGAUAUUGGCAAGCAUUUCCUAGAGAAGCGAUAUGGAAAGAGAGUCAUACAAAAAGCGGUAGAAGAGAUGGAGAGCCAAGAAUGGCUGGAGAAGAACUCUAAGAAUUGUCCUCGCUGUGCAACUCACAUCCAGAAAGUCGAUGGUUGUAACAAGAUGACAUGCUCUGGCUGCAUGCAGUAUUUCUGCUGGCUGUGCAUGAACCCGCUAUCAAGAGGAAACCCUUACACCCACUUCAACAACCCUUCUUCACCUUGCUUCAACCAGCUUUUUCAUGGCACUAACGCGGAUGGGGAACUUUGGGAUUCGGAAGAUGAGGAAGACUGAUGCUAAUUUAUUUGUCAAAGGAAUCAGGACAUCCACUAACAUGGAGCAGCCAAACUCUACCCACUGUGUGCCUUAUAUGGAGGAAUAAAGGAGACAAGGCUAGCCAUGGUCAUUAUGCCAGCAAAUCACCCAUGUAUUGCAGUUCCCCAUCUACUAAUUUGUGCUGAAACUACUUUGGGACAGAUAUAUUCCAGUAUACGUCUUUAGAAGUAUGUCAUGUGCCCUUCCUGUUCACAGGACAGACUAAAGUUACUGGGAAAAAAAUAAACAUUUUAUAUAAAAAUCUCAAA